ACCGUGGGUAGGGGGCUGGCCGCAGUUUGGAAGCCAUUGUUCAAUUCCCGAGGAAUUCAGCACACCGCUGAGGAAGGUCUUAAGAGAUCUGUGGAGGGUCACAGCUAGGGGACUCCCUGAGGUCCUGUCUCCAGCCUUGAGCGAGGGGAAGGCACCAGAAGGCAGACUGCCCACCAUGUCAACGUUCAGGCAGGAAGACGUAGAAGACUACUAUGAGAUGGGGGAGGAGCUGGGCAGCGGCCAGUUUGCCAUUGUGCGGAAAUGCCGACAGAAGGGCACCGGGAAGGAGUAUGCGGCCAAGUUCAUCAAGAAGCGCCGUCUGUCGUCCAGCCGGCGGGGCGUCAGCCGGGAGGAGAUCGAGAGGGAGGUGAACAUCCUGCGGGAGAUCCGGCACCCCAACAUAAUCACGCUACACGACAUCUUCGAGAACAAGACGGACGUGGUGCUCAUCCUAGAGCUGGUCUCGGGUGGGGAGCUCUUCGACUUCCUGGCGGAAAAGGAGUCGCUGACGGAGGACGAGGCCACUCAGUUCCUCAAGCAGAUCCUGGAUGGCGUCCACUACCUGCACUCCAAGCGCAUCGCCCACUUUGACCUCAAGCCAGAAAACAUCAUGCUGCUGGACAAGAACGUGCCCAACCCACGGAUCAAGCUCAUCGACUUUGGUAUCGCCCACAAGAUUGAAGCAGGGAAUGAGUUCAAGAAUAUCUUUGGCACCCCUGAAUUCGUGGCUCCGGAGAUCGUCAACUAUGAACCCCUGGGUCUGGAGGCGGACAUGUGGAGCAUCGGAGUCAUCACCUACAUCCUUUUGAGCGGCGCCUCCCCGUUCCUGGGUGAGACCAAGCAGGAGACCCUGACCAACAUCUCGGCCGUGAACUAUGACUUUGACGAGGAAUACUUCAGCAACACCAGCGAGCUGGCCAAGGACUUCAUCCGCCGGCUGCUUGUCAAAGACCCCAAGAGAAGAAUGACCAUCGCCCAGAGCCUGGAGCACUCCUGGAUCAAGGCGAUCCGGCGGCGGAACGUGCGGCGUGAGGACAGCAGCCGGAAGCCCGAGCGGCGGCGCUUGAAGACGGCGCGUCUCAAGGAGUACACCAUCAAGUCCCACUCGAGCAUGCCCCCCAACAACACCUAUGUCAACUUCGAGCGCUUCUCCAAGGUGCUGGAGGAGGUGGCGGCGGCGGAGGAGGGCCUGCGGGGCCUGGAGCACAGCCGGCGCCUCUUCCACGAGGACAUCGAGGCGCUGACGGCCAUCUACGAGGAGAAGGAGGCCUGGUACAGGGAGGAGAACGAGAGCAUCGGCCAGGACCUGCGGCGGCUGCGGCAGGAGCUGCACAAGACCGAGGCGCUGCAGCGGCAGGCCCAGGAAGAGGCUAAGGGUGCCCUGCUGGGGGCCAGUGGGCUCAAGCGCCGCUUCAGCCGCCUCGAGAACCGCUACGAGGCCCUGGCGAAGCAGGUGGCCUCCGAGAUGCGCUUUGUGCAGGAUCUGGUGCGCGCCAUGGAGCAGGAGAAGCUGCAGGGCGUGGAGUGCAGCCUCCGCUAGGGCUGC